GAGGGGAUUAUAAAAUAAAGGAGGGGAUUAUAUAAUAAAAAGGAAGCAAGAAAAACUCUACCGCAUCAGUCGCUCAGUGAACAGUUGAAAACUUUCAGAAAAAAAUAUAUACGAGAAGAAGAUGGACUACUACGUGCCGCUUCAACAGGACGAAAUGUGUGAAAAAGUAACAUUGCCACGGUAUACGCCUCACAUUUUGGGGAGGAGAUUGGCAUUGACGUCCACAGCGUAUAAAUAUCUCGACAUUAGAAUCAGCGUAGGACCAACAUCGUUUGUGGAGAUACUUAUUGGUGACAAUCGAGGCAAUCAAAUAAUUCUGGCUCAUGCAACGUGGACAGCACUGUUCCAGAAACGUGCGGACAUUGAACGACUCGUGCAGUCGACUUCUCCUUCCUCAGCAUUAUCGAUUCAAGAUCUUAUUGUACAACUCAUUAAACUGCGUAAUGAAAAUAUUGUUAAAUUAACAUUACGCGAUACUUGCAUGUAUUUGAAACCAAAAACUGUACUUUUUCUGUUUGAGCUCGAACAAUGCGUCGAGCAUAUAUAUUACUCUUUAUAUCAAUAUACAUAUACAGUGAGCGAAAAAUAUAAACAUUUUGUAACCCUUUUACGCCAAAAUUAUGUUAAUAAUAAAUGCGAUGCGGCAAAACUCUUGCGAGAAAAAUAUGAUAAAACUUCGCUUUUAGAAUGUGAAAUGUUAGCUUACGCUUUAGAUAAUAUUGUACAUGAUGCAUUACAUGACAAAUAAAUAAGAAAAAAAUUGAAA